GGGUCUGAUGUUGGGGGAAUUUGUUGACGAGUACACCGUGCGCAUGGUCGAUGUAUUUGCUAUGCCGCAAAGUGGUACGGGUGUCAGCGUCGAAGCUGUUGAUCAUGUAUUCCAGACCAAUAUGCUUGACAUGCUUAAACAAACUGGACGUAAUCAGAUUCCAGAAGCUGCUUUGAUGGCUCGAUCUUAUCUUCCAAGCAAGGUAUCAGAGAUAGUUGCAAUUUGGAGGAAAGACCUGAGUAAGGACAUCUUGAUAAACAUUGACAGUAACUCAGGACAUCUUGAUAAACAUUGGCAAGUUGCACUUUCUGUUGAAUCUAGAGCUGCACAAGACAGAUGGUAUUCUUGUUGCUGCAUCACAUCCACUGAUCAGUUGUGGAGUUGCAACUGGCAUGGGUUUCUUAGUCUUUAAAAGUAUGAUAUCAUUUAUUGAUGGGUUUUAAUUUGAUGAUAAGAUUUUUUAACGUAUAGUUAU